AUGAGCUCGCGCACCUCCUCCCUCCUCCUCUUCGUCCUCGCCUUCUUUGGCGUCUUCCUCCAGCUCGCGACCGCCGCGCCGCUCGAGACGCGCGACGUGUACGCGCCGCCCGUGCUGUACCCGCACGCGGGCACAGUCUGGUACAAGGGGCAGACGCACAACGUCACCUGGGACGUGUCCUCGCCCCCGGUGAACAUCACCAACAAGGUCGGCCUCAUCUACCUCCGCAAGGGCGUCACCUCCACUCCCCUGAUCCUGGCAGACGGGUUCGACAUCCUGCUCGGCCGCAUCGAGGUCACCGUCCCCUGGGUGUUCGAGGGCGAUGACUACAGCGUCGUCCUGAUGGGCGAUUCUGGCAACUGGGGCCAGGAGUUCACCAUCAAGCAGUAG